UCUCCCUCCCGGCGGACGGACGGCACACUGCAGCCGGCCAAAGUCUCAGCCCCGAUCCUCGUCCUACAUCGCUGCAGUCUGGACAACGAGCUCCUGCAGAGGAAGUGUGGGAGUGAAGAAAGGAAAGCCAGGAGCAAAGCGUGCGUGGCAACGCCAAGAGCAGAUCCAGAUUGCUUAUUUUGCUCUUUGCGUGUCCAAUGGUGCUGAUGACCAUCAUGGCUUUGUAUCUGAUGAUCUUCAUGCUAGCCUCAUGUGUGUCUGGACAAGACCUGCCAUCAAGCCCACAUGGCUGCACGGACGGGAGUUGCUACCCUGCCACGGGAAACCUCUUGAUUGGGCGUGCUGUGAACCUGAGUGCCACCUCCACUUGUGGGCUGGACGGUCCAGAGCAUUACUGCAUUGUCAGCCAUCUCCAGGAGUCGGACAAAUGUUUCGAGUGUAACUCCCGGCAUCCGUAUGACCCGAACCGACACAGAAACAGCCACCGCAUCGAGAACGUGAUUUACCUCAUGGACAGCAACGGUGACAACACGUGGUGGCAGUCUGCUAACGGAGAGGAAAUUGUCAGCAUUCGACUUAACCUGGAGGCCGAAUUCCACUUCACGCAUUUAAUUAUGAAGUUCAAGACCUUCCGUCCCGCAGCUAUGAUCAUUGAGCGUUCUGCUGAUUUCGGUCGAACGUGGCGUCCCUACCGCUACUUUGCCUCCAACUGCACCAGGACCUUUCCUGGUAUCUCCUCAAAUGGCCUGCACCACAUUAACGACGUCAUCUGCGAAGAACGCUACUCUGACAUUGAGCCCUCCACCAAUGGGGAGGUCAUUUAUAAAGUGUUGGAUCCUGCCAUUCAUGUGAAAGACCCCUACAGCUUGGACAUUCAAGAGCUCCUGCGAAUCACCAACCUGCGCAUUAACUUCACAAAGUUGAACACUCUGGGGGACGACCUUUUAGACCGACGUUCUGACGUCCUUCAAAAAUAUUACUACGCUAUCUACGAGCUGGUUGUCAGAGGGAGCUGCUUCUGUUACGGACACGCCUCGGAGUGCGCCCCAGUGCCAGGGGUUGAUAUCCGAGCCAACGGAAUGAUCCACGGUCGGUGUGUUUGCAAACACAACACAGAGGGGCUCAACUGUGAACGUUGCCAAGAUUUCUACCACGAUCUGCCAUGGAGGCCGGCUGAGGCCGAAAACCCGCAUACCUGUAGAGAGUGUAACUGCAAUGGCCACUCAAACCAGUGUCACUUUGACAUAGCUGUAUAUUUGGCCACGAGCAACAUCAGCGGAGGGGUAUGUGAUGUCUGUUUGCACAACACCAUGGGACGCAACUGUGAGAUGUGCAAACCUUUCUACUAUCAAGACCCAAAUAGAGAUAUUAGAGACCCCCAGGUUUGUGUUGCCUGUGACUGUGAUCCGGUGGGAUCAAUGGAGGGAGGCGUUUGCGACAGUCACACCGACCCAGACAUGGGCAUGAUCACUGGACAGUGCCGCUGCAAAGACAACGUCAAAGGCUUGCGCUGUGACGACUGCAAGGAGGGCUAUUUUGGACUCAGCCAAAACGACCCUCUGGGUUGCCAACCUUGCAACUGUGAUCCUCGUGGCAUCAUUAUGAUGGGAGCCCCAUGCGAUCAGAUCAGCGGCGACUGCUCUUGUAAAAGAUAUGUCACUGGUCGCUACUGCAACGAGUGUUUGCCUGAAUACUGGGGUCUCAGUAAUGACCUGGCUGGUUGCAGACAAUGUGAUUGUGACUUUGGUGGAGCCAUCAACAACAGAUGUAUGAUGGAGAAUGGACAGUGCGACUGCAGGAGCCAUCUGAUUGGUCGACAGUGCUCUGAGGUGGAGCCUGGCUUUUUCUGCGCGCCGUUGGACUUCUACAAAUAUGAGGCCGAAGGGGCUACUGGACAUUCGCCUAUUGACGCUGCGUUACCUGGCAAAGUUCGACCUCAGGCAGAGACAGACUGCGUUCAGCACCUCAACAACCAGCUGAGAAGACACAGGCGUCACCGCCGUAUCGCCAACCCGCAGCAACACCGCGCAGCACUGAGGCGGAUCCGACAGCUUCAGCAGACACCGGAUGUGAGGACCGUUUACAGAGAGCUCACCCUAAGUCACACAGUGACUUGGACCGGGCCUGGUUUUGCUCGGGUCAAAGAUAGUGCUGGCCUGGUGUUUCAUAUAGACAACAUUCCCUACGCCAUGGAGUACAACAUCAUGAUCCGUUAUGAACCUGAGUCCACAGAGGACUGGGAGGCCAUUGUCAGUAUAACAUCUGUGAACCUGCCUUCCAGUGUCCGCUGUGGAAACCUUCUACCAACCGAGCAGCUCUACACAGUCACUUUGCCACAUCGCAGCAGAUACAUCCAGAUGCCAAGGCCGUUCUGUUUUGAGCCAAAUAAUCGUUAUGUGGUUGCCAUCCGCUUCCAGCGCCACGGAGUGACCCACAGACAUCUCACGGCCUUCAUUCUUAUUGAUUCGUUGGUUCUGAUCCCUGAUUAUACCGAGCUUCCUGGUUUCCAAGGCAAUGAGAUUGAGGGAGAGGUGCGACGUGAGGAGAUGAUUCACUACAUGUGUCUGGAUUCCUUUAUGAUAACGCCAACGCCCACCUUGGCCGACGUGUGCUCCAAGCUCAUCUGCAGUAUUUCGGCUAUCGUUCAUGAUGGAGCACUGCCCUGUCAGUGUGAUCUUCAAGGGUCCCUCUCGAGUGAAUGUGAUAGGGUCGGAGGACAGUGCCGCUGUAAGCCCAACGUGAUGGGUCGACGAUGUGACCAGUGUACACCGGGAACCUAUGGCUUUGGAGUCAAUGGUUGUACUGCUUGUGACUGUCAUUCAGAGGGUUCUCUGAGCCACCAAUGUGACCCCGUUACCGGCCAGUGCCAGUGCCGGGAGGGAGCAUCUGGCCGCCGGUGCUCUGAUUGCCAACCCGGCCAGUGGAGCUUCCCGAGCUGCACGCCCUGUCAGUGUAACAGCCAUGCAGACAGUUGCGAUUCCCAAACUGGCGAGUGUAAAGAAUGCCGAGACUACACAGCCGGUCAUCACUGUGAACAGUGUCAGGAUGGAUACUUUGGAAACGCAUUGCUCGGCUCAGGGGACCACUGUCGCCCCUGCUCUUGCCCGGGUAAUCCCGGUUCGGAUCACUUUAACGGCCACUCCUGCCAAGCUGACCACUCUUCGAACCUCAUUAUGUGUAACUGCAGACAAGGCUAUGCUGGGCCUCGGUGUGACCGGUGCGCCCCCGGUUUCUACGGCAACCCAGAGCAAACUGGCGGCCAGUGCCUUCCAUGCGAGUGCAGCGGCAACAUUGACACUCAGGACCCGGAGUCAUGUGACUCUAGGACAGGUCAAUGCCUCAAGUGCCUGUACCACACAGAUGGUCCAGCUUGUGCCCAAUGUCAACAGGGUUACUAUGGCACUGCUUUGGCCCAUGACUGUAGACGCUGUACCUGCGCGACUGCUGGUACGGUCCAGUCGACUUGCAGCGACGGACACUGUGACUGCGAUCGUCAGACAGGCGCUUGCUUAUGCAAGGCAAACAUCACCGGCCAUAACUGUGACCAAUGCACUCCUGACCACUGGAACUACGGUCAGGACCAAGGCUGUGAGCCCUGUAACUGUAACCUGCAACAUUCCAUGGAAACUGAAUGCAAUAUGUUCAGUGGUCAGUGCCACUGUCACCCGGGCUUCGGAGGGAAACAGUGCACAGAGUGUGAGCAGCUCCACUGGGGAGACCCACGGAUACAGUGUCAAGAGUGUAACUGCCAUCCUCAGGGCUCGGAAGUAGUACAGUGUGACCGGACCAGCGGAGAAUGCCAGUGCAAGGAGGGCGCAACCGGGAAACACUGCGACGAAUGUGCCCGCGGCUUCACCGGCGUUUUCCCCGAGUGCGUGCAGUGUCAUGCCUGUUUCCAGUUGUGGGAUGACGUGGUGUGUCAGCUCAAGCGUGACCUAGAUUACAUCCGGAACACUGCUGACAAGAUCCUGAAGAGUGGUGUCACACCUGGAAUCGGCGACGCUCGAAUCAGAGAGCUGGAGGAGAAGCUGAAGCAGGUUCAGGAUCUGAUUGGCAAUAAUGACAGCGAAAAAAUCCACCAACUGCUUGGACAAAGCAUCGAUGACCUAAGGGCGGAGAUCGCGUUGACCGACGGGCGUCUUAUGGGUGUCGUUCGAGAGCUCAACACAACAGCAGAGGACGACGAUGCACUGAGACAGACGCUGACCGACAUGGAGGGACAAUUGAUGGACAUUAACGCCACGGUUGCUGCGAAACGGCAGCAGAUAGACGACUACCUCAUCUCAGGAUUUGAAGAUCAGUUCAAAAGAGUGAAGAAAUACUAUCAGGAAUCAUCAGAGGCGGAGUACAAAUGCAACGCGUCAGUGUCUGGUCCCCUUAGUCCAGUGGAACAGUCCAAAAAAACUCGCUCCAACACUGAAGAUCUGAUGAAUGCUAAUGAAGAAAAGUUCCUCCGUGCCAUGGCAGCCCAGAAUCAAUCUAUGGAGGAACUGCAGCAGAAAGCCCAUGAGCUGGACCACAAGACCCGCCACCUCAGUAACAAGGUGUGUGGGGGCCCCGGCACUGCUAGCAUCAACGGCAGCUGCGAAGACAACCCAUGCGGUGGUGCUGGUUGCCGUGACGAUGAGGGCAGCCAUAUAUGUGGAGGGGACAGAUGCAAUGGGACGGUGAGCGCUUCCGUAUCUGCGCUAAGUCUCGCCAAGAAUGCCACCACCGAUCUGGAAGCUGCUAAUGAGGAGCUGCAUAACAUGGCCAAGAAGCUUCAGGAUAUCGCGUCUUUGAGCCAGGAUGUGAAGAAUCAAGCCAUGAACACCCUGGCGAGAGCCCAGAAGAACAAAGACCACUUUGAAAAAUCAAAUAGGGAGCUCAAAGAGCUUAUCAAGAAGAUAAAAGAUUUCCUCACUGAGGAUGGAGCAAAUCCAGAGAGCAUCGAGAAGGUGGCCAUGCAGGUCUUGUCCAUUCAGCUGCCAGUCAACAAGACCACAGUGGACACAAUAAUCAUGCAAAUCAAGACCAGCCUUUCUAACCUGACCAACAUCGAUAGCAUCCUCGGCAAUACCUCCCAGCACAUCAGUCAAGCCAAGCAGCUUUUGGAAAAAGCUAAAGAUGCCAAGAGUAGAGCUGAGGUAGUGAAAGAUGCAGCCAAUGCUACAAAGACAGCCUUGGAUCUGUCUGAGAAAGCCAUCGAAAAAGCAAGAAGCGCCCUGAAAGAGACUUUGAACAACCUGAAUGGCACCAAAAACGCCACUUCUGAGGUGGUUGACAGAUUAACACAAUUGGAAGCCAAGCAAAUGGAGAUCAUGAUGCGUCUAAACAACCUCUCCACAGACAUCGAAGCACUGAGAAACAAAACUGAGCACAACAGGGACAUGGCGAAGGAUGCCAAAGCUUUGGCCGACAACGCCACGCUCCAAGCGGGGUCGCUUCUGGAGAGCCUCAACGACACAAAUCUGCGCUACAAUGAGCUGCGGGAGAAGGUUGACUCUCUCGGCAGCGGCUCUCAAGGAUUGGACGCCAUCAACCGGAAGGCUGAGGAGCUCAAGAAAGAGGCAGAAAAGCUUCUCAAUAAAGCUAACAAGAGCAUGGAGCAGCUCAAGCAGCUGGAGAAGAAGUUCAAGAGCAACGAGCAGCGGAUGCAAGAGCAGCGGACGGAGCUUGACGAGCUGAAGGAAAACGCCACUUUGGUGCGGGACGUCAUCCGGAACCAAGUGCAGAACUACGGCAGCUGCUCGUGAGGUUCCCGUCGUUCCCAAUUUGACUUUAGCUGCCUGAGCCACCAGCAGAGUCGCCAUUACUGCGCUAAUGUUUGUGUGACUCCAAUUUCGAGUAUUCCACGUGAUUUGUUCAGAAAUGUCCAUGUACUGUAUCACGUUGAGACGUCCGGAUAGCAACUCUAUCCCGUGUGCUCUUAAUGUCUUAAGCUAUCAAAACAAACGGAUGACCAGUGGGAAGGAUUUUGUUUAUGUCUGAAUAUAUUGAAUAACAAAAAUAUAUAUCAAUGUAUUGGCCCUCUGUAUGAGUUUCAAUAUUUUUACCACAGUUUGAGGAUGUUAUUGUAUGUGCUAUUAACAAAAUGACAUACCUGUUAAAGGGAGAAAAGUGGACCUGACUGAUUUAAAAAAAAUCUAUUUUAUGUUUAUUUUUAUUGCAAAAGAAGCUCUCGAUUAAACAAAUCUAUAAAAUA